AUGGCGAGUUCACCUCCCAUGUGGGAUGCACCCGAUGUGCACUUUCGUAACGAAGAUAGUCAGCCUGUUGAUGACCUGGAACUUCGAGAAGUUGAGCUCGCCUACUAUUUUGCUGCGCUCCGUUGUCUUUGUCCAACCUACGACUAUUCUCGCGUGCACAUCGACUGCGAUUGGGAAGUCUUAGCAAGCCUUUACAGUAUAUUCCCCCUAGAAUCGAAAGACCAGUAUGAUCCUAGACGGCAUGCACACGGGAAAAUUCCAGCAAUGUUCACACUUCACACAGUGUCGAACACGUUGUUCAUCCGAAGAAGACCGUCGCCUGACGUCGAGCACGAGCAACACGCCAAGGCCUCAUUGCGCGAGUUCAUGCCAGCUGCUACUACAUCUGAUCACAACAUUCCUGCUAGCGCAAGGUCCGUGUAUAGUGUCGAAUACGAACUGGGACCUUUUAAAUGUGUCGUCCAUUUUACCCCAGAUGCAUGGUCACAUGAGGACGCCAUCCCUCGAGAUACUCGCUUCGCGCCGAAUCUGCACGGUAAAACCGCAACUGGAGAAAAGAGCAAUUCCGAAUCGCCUAUCCAAGUUCAACAAGUCGGAGAGCAUGUAUCGAUUUCCGAUCUGCUGCUUGUACAGAACGUGCAAGAUGCGAAGGGAAUCGAAAACUACCCGCACCUUCCACCAAAAAGAGCUGCGCGACUCAGAAACAAGAUCGUGCACCAAAAGCACCGCAAGGCAGGCCACCGCCUCUGGUGCAAAGUUUUCUUUUCGCGGAUGCCCAAGACUUACCGGGUGACACUCGAGGAGUGGACGAAGCGCUGUCUUAAAGUUUCGCCUCACAACAACGAAUUGAUGCCCACCGAGGUAGAGAUCGAGCACUUGCGCCGCAUGUUCUCCCUUCUUGUCGCCCUUAGGGAGGCGACGAAGUCUUCGAAAACCAAAGCUUGUGUCUUGCAAUUGUCGAAUGGGCAGGGUACAUGGGAGCACGCGGAGACCAAGAUCGACCUGUGGGAGCCGAUAUUCGAAGAAACCGCCUCACGCGCGCAUGACGUGCCCAAGCAUCUUUGUGUGCCUCAGCAGAUAGUUUCCGACGAAGAUUAUCGACAGUUCUGGCUUGCGAACAGUACAGAGCUUCAUGAGAAUCAAUCUGGGCAGUCACAGGUUUAA